AAGGCUGUUAAAACUGUACGUCCAUUACUCCUAGUCAUUUGUAUGUUAUCUAAAUAAGUAUGUACCUGUGUAUGGAUUUCAUACCUCGAGGCUUCUCCCAGUGCAUUAUUGGAUAAUUGAUCAUAAGCGAUGAAUUCAUGGAGGUAUCUAUUUGUGACUCACCGAAGCUGCGUUUCAUAAAAAACUCCCAAACAGCCCCUGGUUGAUGUGUGACAGAAAUAUCCAGGACGACAGUGGGUGUGAAGGUACAGAGUUAGUCUGCCUGGUACCUGUCUUGGAGAGGGACUUUCAGGACCGCUGGAGCGCAGACCUGGACCGAUGACCCGGGAAGUGAAGUCUACAGACAGAGACCUGACAUCCAUCCCGUCUGAUGGGUCUCCCGUCAACAUGUGCUCUGAAUGUUACAUCAACCAGACAUUUGUCAACGAUGAUGGGACCACAAACGAUCACAAAACAAGCUCCACCCCGGUUUCUCCCCAGUGCGACCCCUUCAAAAGCGGGAUCAUCUUGGACACCUCCACCCUGGAGAGCCAGGUGCCCCCCCUAGCACCCCGCUUCCGCUUCAGGGACUUCCUUCUUGGAGACCAGGGCUUCCAGAACAACGACAGGGUCCAGGUAGAGUUCUACGUGAAUGAAAACACCUUCAAGGAGCGCCUGAAGCGGUUCUUCAUUAAGAACCAGAGAUCCAGCCUGAGGAUCCGUGUGUUAAACUUCUCCCUGAAGCUGCUCACCUGCCUGCUGUACAUCAUCCGAGUGAUGACUGACAUGCCCAUCCAGGGGCCCAGCUCUGGCCAUAGCCCAGGACAACCCGUAUCUACCAAAUGCACGGACUGCCCGCCGAACGGCUCCGCAGCGGACAUCAACUGGGAACUCAUCUUCUGGGUGGAUCGCAAGUUUCCUGUUUGGGCCAUACAGGUGAUCGUGGCCAUCAUCAGUUUCCUGGAGGCGAUGCUUCUGAUGUACCUGAGCUACAAGGGCAACAUUUGGGAGCAGAUCUUUCAUGUGUCGUUCCUCCUAGAGAUAAUCAACACAGUUCCCUUCAUCAUAACGAUUUUCUGGCCUCCGAUAAGAAACGUUUUUAUACCUGUUUUCCUCAACUGUUGGCUGGCCAAGUGCGCUCUAGAAAAUAUGAUAAAUGACGUCCACAGAGCUAUUCAGAGGACCAACUCAGCCAUGUUCAACCAGGUCCUCAUCCUCAUCUGUACCCUGCUGUGUCUGGUGUUCACUGGAACAUGUGGGAUUCAACACUUGGAGCGAGCAGGGAAGAACCUGUCUCUGUUCAACGCCUUCUACUUCUGCAUCGUCACCUUCUCCACGGUGGGCUUCGGGGACGUCACCCCCCGCAUCUGGCCCUCCCAGCUGCUGGUGGUCAUCAUGAUCUGUGUGGCGCUGGUGGUGCUGCCUCUGCAGUUUGAGGAGCUGAUCUACCUGUGGAUGGAGAGACAGAAGUCAGGCGGGAACUACAGCCGCCACCGAGCCCAGACGGAGAAGCACGUGGUGCUGUGUGUCAGCGGGCUGAAGGUGGACCUGCUCAUGGACUUCCUCAAUGAGUUCUACGCCCACCCAAGGCUGCAGGAUCACUAUGUGGUGAUCCUGUGUCCCGGUGAGAUGGACGGCCAGGUGGGCCGGGUGCUGCAGAUCCCUCUUUGGUCCCAGAGGGUCAUCUACCUGCAGGGCUCUGUUCUGAAGGACCAGGACCUCAUGAGAGCCAAGAUGGAUGAUGCUGAGGCCUGUUUUAUUCUGAGCAGUCGCAAUGACGUGGACCGCAUGGCUGCAGAUCAUCAAACGAUCCUGAGAGCGUGGGCCGUGAAGGACUUUGCUCCCAGCUGCCCUCUCUACGUUCAGAUACUCAAACCAGAAAAUAAAUUCCAUGUCAAGUUUGCAGACCACGUGGUGUGCGAAGAGGAGUUUAAGUACGCCAUGUUUGCUCUGAACUGUGUGUGUCCUGCCACCUCCACCCUGGUCACCCUGCUGGUGCAUACGUCCCGGGGCCAAGAGGGCCACCAGUCUCCAGAACCCUGGCAGAGGAUGUACGGCUGUUGCUCUGGCAACGAGGUCUACCACAUACGACUGUGCGACAGCAAGUUCUUCAGAGAGUAUGAGGGGAAGAGCUUCACCUACGCCUCGUUCCACGCCCAUAAGAAGUACGGAGUGUGUCUCAUCGGCAUAAAGAGGGAGGAGAACAAAAGCAUCCUGCUGAACCCGGGGCCGCGCCACAUCAUGGCCGCCAACAACACCUGCUACUACAUCAACAUCACCAAGGAGGAGAACUCCGCCUUCAGCCUCACCCAGGAGGAGAGGAAGGGCCGAACGGCCAGGGGCCUCUACGACGGACCCUCACAGCUGCCCGUGCACAGCAUCCUGGCCAGCAUGGGUACUGUUGCAAUCGACCUGCAGACCACCAGUCCCCCCAACCCGUCCACCAGUAGCCCGGCCCCCCUCACGGUGAACGGAGCUGGGGGCCGGCGGCCCAGCAUCGCGACCGUCCUGGAGAUCGCAGACUCCGCCGCCAUCCUACCAUGUGACCUCCUGUCCGACCAGUCAGAAGACGACUCCAGCUACUCUGAGGAGAAAGGCCCCUGUUUGACUGAGUAUGUGAAAGGUUACCCCCCUAAUUCUCCCUACAUCGGCAGCUCCCCGACUCUGUGCCAUCUGCUGGCUGACAAGGCCUCCUUCUGCUGCCUGCAGCUGGACCAGGGUUGCGGGCACAACGCCUUUGAAGAUGCAAAGGCGUAUGGUUUUGAAAACAAGGUCAUUAUAGUUUCGGCCGAGACGGCGGGCAACGGCCUGUAUAACUUCAUAGUGCCUCUAAGGGCGUACUACCGGCCCCGCAGGGAGCUCCACCCCAUCGUACUGCUGCUGGACAACCCUCCAGAAAAACAUUUCCUGGAGGCCAUCUGCAGUUUCCCUAUGGUGUAUUAUAUGGCUGGGACCAUAGACAAUCUGGACAGCCUGCUGCAGUGUGGGAUCCUGUACGCUGAUAACCUGGUGGUGGUGGACAAGGAGAGCACCAUGAGCGCUGAGGAGGACUACAUGGCCGACGCCAAGACCAUCGUCAACGUGCAGACCAUGUUCAGGUUGUUCCCCAGUCUGAGCAUCAUCACAGAACUCACACACCCCUCCAACAUGAGGUUCAUGCAGUUCAGAGCCAAGGACUGCUACUCCCUGGCCCUCUCCAAGCUGGAGAAGAAGGAGCGCGACCGAGGCUCCAACCUGGCCUUCAUGUUCCGCCUGCCCUUCGCAGCGGGCCGGGUGUUCAGCAUCAGCAUGUUGGACACCUUGCUGUACCAGUCUUUUGUGAAGGACUACAUGAUCCUCAUUGCCAGGCUGCUUCUCGGUCUGGACACCACUCCGGGAUCAGGGUAUCUUUGUGCUAUGAAGAUCUCUGAGGAGGAUCUGUGGAUCAGGACGUAUGGGAGACUUUUCCAGAAGCUCUGCUCCUCCAGCGCUGAGAUCCCGAUUGGGAUUUACAGGACGGAAUACCACAUGUUCUCUCCCCCGGAGUCCCAUACGUCAGCGAAGCUGAACCCCCAGGGGGAGGUGCCCAUGGAGAAGGGUGGGGAGGAGUGCCGUGGUGCCGAGCGCCCGGAACCCCUGCGGAGGAAGAAGAGCAUGCAGUGGGCCCGUCGGCUGAGCAAGAGGAGCCCGCGCUGGCCCUCGGGGCCCCCGGGGGCCCGGCCGGCCCCGGACUGCGGCCAGCGCAUGGCCCAACAGCGGUUCACCUUCUACCGCCGCUCUGAACGCGAGGAGCUUUCCCAGCUGGUCCGCAACCGCAUGAAGCACCUGGGCCUGCCCACCUCGGAGUAUGAUGACAUGGCUCAUUUGACAGGCAGUGAUGUCAUGAACAGAGUCAACUUGGGCCACUUACAAGGCGAGCUGCGUGACCAGCAGAACACUCUGUCCUAUGUUCUGAUAAACCCCGCCCCCGACACCCGGCUGGAGAUCAAUGACAUUGUGUACCUGAUCCGGCCUGACCCCCUGGCCCAUGUUCCUGAUGAACCCUCCGUCAAGAGCAGCAGUCUCAAGGAGACAUACGAGUCCAGCAUAGACGCUGCAGAGGACCUUCAGCUCUGAGACCUUCAGCUCUGAGACCUUUAGCCCUGAGACCUUCAGUUCUGAGACCUUCAGCUCUGAGACCUUUAGCCCUGAGACCUUCAGCUCUGAGGCCUUCAGCCCUGAGACCUUCAGCUCUGAGGCCUUCAGCCCUGAGACCUUCAGCUCUGAGGCCUUCAGCCCUGAGGCCUUUAGCUCUGAGACCUUCAGCUCUGAGGCCUUCAGCCCUGAGGCCUUCAGCCCUGAGACCUUCAGCCCUGAGGCCUUCAGCUCUGAGGCCUUCAGCCCAGAGGCCUUCAGCUCUGGGACCUUCAGCCCUGAGGCCUUCAGCCCUGAGACCUUCAGCUCUGAGACCUUCAGCUCUGAGGCCGUCAGCCCUGAGGCCUUCAGCUCUGAUACUGUUUAACGUGUCUCUGCUGUCCAACUCUGAUGGACAGCAUUGUCUGUUUGGUUUUCAGUGUUUCAAGCGUUGACCUGGAGGUAAACCGUGAUCUUUGUGGAGAGUUACUGAAGAUGUCUGAUGGUUCAAAUUAUAUGACAAAAAUUACCUCAAUAUCUGCAGUCUACCUGUAGGCAUCCCUCAUAAAGUAUUUGAACCCCUACCUGCUCAUUAAUGACAUGAAUCUGGAUUAACUUCAAGUCUCUUUGGAUAAAAGUGUAGUAAGUAACUAAAUAUGAAAAAGUUAGCAGCAUUGAUUGCUCAGGUCCAUAAUCUAUAUCCUAUUUUAUAUUUUACUGAGAUGGAAAACAUGUCUGAUUGAUAAGCAAAUAAAAAACAAAGAAUAAUCAGUAUCACAGAAGAACGGGAUAGUUGAUAUGCCUCCAGCCCCAACCCAGAAUUUACGUAUCACCAUGACCAUGAAGUUAGAUCUCCUAUCAACAAUUUAGGUUGAGAGACAAGAGCUGAAACUCUUUUUAGAAAGAAGAAGGCAGGUAGACUCCUUGCUCACUAAGCUCUGCCAGGCUGUACCAGGUAUACAUUCUCACCAGGAUAAGAUCACCCAUGGAUAUGAACAUGUUUUAAAGGUCUGAGGUCUCCCCAGAUUUUUUGGUUGGGAUAUCGAGAGAAACAAGAAGCUAUCAAAUGACAUAAAUGCGGUAAAUCACCUGGCCCCAAUGGGUGUAUAGUUUAAUUUUACAAACUAUUCUCUGCUUCUUUCUCUGCAAUUCUUAGAUAUGUUGAAGGAAAGGAACCCUUCUGGAUCAGAAGCCCACGUUUCGCUUUUAUUAAAAGAAGAUAAGGAUCCUCUUUCAUGUUGCAGUUAAAGGCUCAUCUCACAAUCAUCUCAUCUCACACUCAAAAUGUAGGCUUCAAAACCCUUUCGCAGGUUCUAUCCCAGUGCCACUCAGUUCUGUCCAUCUUCACAGCCCUGACCAGACCAGAUUUAUGCUUGUGAGGCCCUAAUUUCCCAAUCCCCAAAGGCUUCUUAAUACUUCUAAUUCUCCAGCCAUCCCAAGGUUGUUCAGACACUACAUACCGAGAAAGCCUUUGACUGAGACGUAUGGCGAAACCUGUUUUGGUUUUGGAGAAUGUGGUUUUAGUUUUGGCUUCAUCUCUUAUGCAGAAUCCAGGAUUCUAGAGGAUCCUGUUGCUUCUGUUACCACUGGAGGGGAAGUGAUGGUUACCCGGCCAGAAUGAGCCAUCACAGCUCCUUUUGUGAAAGCCAUUUGGCCUUGUGGGAAGGAGAAAUUCUAGGAAAUUUCAAGGGUUUGGACAAUCCAUAAGAUGUACUUUAAUGCUGAUGACCUACCUGUAUCCAUCUUGUGAAGAUGAUAAUCCGUCCCAAAUCCCUUUGUAUAUUUCAGCACAUCCCAAUGCUUAUUAAGAAUGCCCUCUUUGCUAAAUUUGACUCACCAUCACCAAGUAUGUUAUUUUGGUGUAACAAACGCCCUUGUAUCGAACACAUGGGGCUGACUGGCCUUGCUGAAUUGUAUUGUCUGUUACUGGGCCUGUAAUGUUGGGAAGCUCCUUCAGAUGCAUCAGGGAGAAUAGCAGGGGGUGCGUUGUGACCUGGGUGGUGGAGGGAAGGGACAGGAGUGAACUCCUUCUCAAACAUGCAGUAGAUCUCAUUGAGCUCGUUGGCGAGGGGAGGCUGUCGGGCAUCUGUGGGUACUUAAGUCUGUAAUUGGUGAUCUUUUUGAGGCCUUUUCACACGGAGGAGGGAUUCUCUUCCGAUAGCUGCUGCUGCAGUCAGCGAUGUUUCGCCUCCUUCACCGCUUUGGUGAACCUGUACUUGGCCUGCCUGAACAGGCCACCGUUCCCACCGCGCCUUGCUGCCUCCUUCUCCCACCUCAGCCGCUUCGUUGGGGGGAGAACCAGGGCUUGUCGUUGUUGUAAGACUUCCUGGAGUGGAGGGGGACACACACCUCCUCGUAGAAGCCGAUGAACGAUGACAGAGUAUCUGUGUAUUAGUCAAAGUGUUUUCUCGCCUCUUGCCCUGCUCCCAUGCUUCGCUGGACCACACUCUGAACUGACUCACUACAGGUUUAGAGAGUUUCAAUCUCUGCCUGUUGUGGGGAUCAGGUGAAUGAGAUUGUGGUCACUGUUGCCAAGCGCAGCUACGUAAGCAUCGUGAAAUCAUUGCAGCCCGACACAGAGUAGCCUACUAAUAAAUCCAAUGAAAAAGAAGAACGCAACACAUUAAACAAAGAGCAACAAUGUAGGAUGUCCAAGAAGGACGGCAAACUUUUGCACAACAUUUUCUUAAAUAAACUAAGCUCUCGUUGUUGUCCAGAAAUAACCUGCGGGUACUAUAUUUGUAUAUUAUUGUAUAUCCCCCUGUCUUCUGUCGACAAAUCAACGGACGGCGUGUGUAGCUUCAACUUAUCGGCAUCUUUUCCGACAGCUUGGUACCCCAACGGAGGAGUACCGAAAAAUAGGUACGGUUAAGUGCAGCUCAGUGCGCUUUUUACUGGACCCCGCACACUUUUGGUGGUGGAAACGUGAACCGUACCGCAUCUAACCGUACCGCACCUAAUCUUACCACACCGCUCGAUGGAAACGCACCACUAUAAGAUAUCCUGGCCUCAGACCUGUGACCAUGCUCUCUGAACUCUCUUGAAAACAUGAUUCCUUCUCAAUAAUGUGCCCUCUUUAUUGUACCUGUGUUAAAUAAUCAUGUAUUUUGUCAAUCCUGCUCUGAGGCAGCCUUUCGCACGUCAUAACAAAGGCAUAGUUUCCAUCAACACACUUUAAAGUGAAGGGAUCUUCCCAGAUUUUGCAGAACUCUGUGGUUUUACUUUUUCCAGACUAGACAUUUCAUUCAAAGGCAGUACCCUCACUUUCCUAUUCACCCCCUGAAAUCCUCUCAAUCCUUUCACACUUCCUUCUUUCUCAGCCCUGAUCAAAAGAAAAUUGUGUUGUCCAUCAAUCUGUUAGCUCCAUGGACAUGGUCCCAUUCCAUGCUAAAGAUGCCUGUGAUGCCUGUGAGGGGUUAUUGGGGAUAACUGUCUCGGAAGAUCAGUGGGACCACAUCUUACAGAUGGUUAACUCCUCUAUUUGUGAAAUGCGAGGUAUUGUUCAAACACCAUUAAACAAAUGCCAAACUAACGAAAAUGUAUCCCAAUGUUUGUGAUGCCUGUAA